CUCUUUGGGGAUGGAAGUUUUUUGUUGGGGGGAGAGCUCUGUCCUGCUGAUGAAUAGUGGUUACACUGCAUGCCUUUUAGCGGCAUAGCUGUGUCACCAAAAGGUGCAUAGUAUAGACAUAGCCAUAGAAAUUCCAAUUCAUCCACAUUUUUCUCUCUCUCUUCCCAUGUGAGUUAAUCUCUCCAUCCUCACAUCAUGCUUCUCUUUUUCCUCUCACUGUCCCUGCCAAGAAUGAUAGGUGCUCUGUGAUUCAUUGAGGUGUCUCAAUUAAGUGACAGAAUCCCCACAUUUUUUAAAGACUUAUGCCUGGAUUGGGAUCCCAGUCAUUUUUCUGUCAUUAAUUUUCAUACAUUCCAAGAGUUGGAAUAUGUUUUGUAGGAGCAGACAUACCUCCUUGCUUAAGAAGGUGGACUGUGAAUUUCAGCUGUCUAAGUCCCUGUGUUGACAUAUAUAAUUAGUCUCUUACUUUUAUUAGUAUUAACAGGGACCAAUAAAAUCAAUAAAGAAAAAUUGACAAACUUUUUUUAUGCUUUCUGAGGAUUUUUUUUCACAAAAAAUAUUUUGUUUGGAACUACAACUUUAAGUUCAGGACUGAUCAUAUUUUGUUUUUGCCUGUGAUCUACAUCAGGUAGGUCACAGUUCUUAUACGGAUUGAACAUAAAAUGCAUGGAAGUGUUUGCAGGAUUGGGGUACGCAUUACCUGGAGUCUUCUGCCUGGGGGUUGGAACACUUGCUGCUCUUCCUGCUCCCUCCAUUGGCUACCACUCCCAUUGAUUGAUGGAAAAGGUCCCUGGAUCACUAUUAAAUGAGCCACAGGUGGUGAAGGGAGUGGAAAGUGGUAGUUCUGUUCCAUAAACAAGAUGAAGUGAAGGUGUGGUUAGUCUCUUGCUGGGCUGCAAGCAGCAGCAUGGACCUUAGUUUUGGGAGGAUUCUGAUGGGGGAGGAAUAGCUUACCUUUGUAGGGCUUGCUUUCUUCAAAGGUCAAACUAGCCUUUUGGGUGUCUGGUCUAGAAGAGUGGGUGCAGUAAGAGGAGCAUGUAGGUUUAUAGUGGCUAGUCAAUCUGUGUUGAAACUGUGUUGUAGAUGGAAUCUGGGGGAAAGAGGACUGUGCCCUGAGUGGUUUUCUUUCUCCUGAGGAGUGAGCUGUGUACCAAUCUGUAACAGCUUAAAAAAUGAACACUGCUCCAGCUUCAGAAAAUGGACCAUAUUCCACAAACCACACAAGACCCUUUUUUUAUGCACAGCCAACAGCACAACAACCUUUCCCCAAUCCAUGGUACCUCAGUAAUCUAUAUAAUCCAUAUUGUGUACCUGCCCCAGGUUUCAGAAGUGGAAAUCCAUAUUUUCCAUUUUAUUCUGUUGCACUACAUGAGUACCCUGGAUAUCUUGUUCCACAACAUCCCACGCACACAAGAGUUAACAGAAGACCUUAUUUUAAUGUCCCCCCACCCUCUCCUCUGUUUUAUCAUGCAACAAGGUUUAGACAUUAUACUGGCUCUGGGAAAAGAACAGUGACCAAAGAAACACAGACUGAUCCUAGACAGCCUGAAAACAAACCAAAAAAGCAUCAGGAUCUCUGUACAGAAACGAAAGGCUGUGAAGCAGGAAAUAUAGGCUGUGUUUCUUCUGGUAUGGGUACAGAAACUGAAAGUACUUCAGUGAAACAAGAAUCAGCUGGAUCAUCUCUUGUGCCAGAAAGAGACUUUCAAAAUAAGGGGUCUUCCAACUCUUCACAGUAUAGAAACAUUCCUUCAGGAAGCUAUGCUUUUGAGAAAGAAGAGGUCCGAAUAGAGUAUGGAAAUGGCUCGCCUGCAAUUCAGCUAUGGAAGACCUUUAAGGAAACUAUUCCUCUCUAUGAUGUGGCAACUGGUAAACCAGUCCCAGAGAAUAUCGUGCAACGUGACUUGUUUUCUGUUAGCUCUUGUGAAGGGGUAAUAUACAGCCCUCAUGAAGAGGAGGAAUUGGUGUCAUGUGCUUCUUAUUCAGAUGAACGAAAAACUGCUCUUUCUUUGAAGCAGAGUGGUGAAGAUGGGCAGAAAAAAGAGGUCCAAAAUAAUGAAGUAAAACUAGAUGCAGAAAAGCAGGGAAAUGCAACCCAAAGGGCAAAAUCUCCUCUAGAUGAAGCCAGGGCAAUGCAAAUUGCUGAGCUGGCCAGAACUGUUCGUAAUGAUCAGCUAGUGGCAAGGCAGGACACGUUUAAAAAAUCUAGUUUGAAAAGAUCCACUGCUUCAAAAACUUCUGAAGAGGAGUCCAACCUUGAUCAGCAAGCAAGGUUAUUUCCAUCCAGUACAGAAAUAACACAUGAUUCAAGUCCACUGCAGAAAAAGCUAAAUCAGAGCCACAGUCCAACCAAUGUAAGUCAGAUAACAGAUAAAAGUUUAUGGUGUGAAGAAUCCAUGGAGAAGUAUGUUCCUUCUAACAGCUGGCUAGCUUGUGUGGAUGACAUGGACACUAACUACAACUAUAAUAUGUGUUUGCCACAAAGGAAACAUCAAAGUGUACUCAGUCUGUCUUCUGAUGAAAUGUCUUCUAAAGAUGAAGGAUCAUCGACUGAUGAUGUACCAGUGUCUUACUUUGUCCCUGAUUAUGUGCUUCAGAAGAGCAUGUACGCUGUCCAAAAAAGUACAGAGAGCUCAGAGAAAGAGAAAAUUAGAAGUAGUGGCUCCCUUAAUGAAGAUGAAGUGGUAGGAAGGGAGCAGACCAAUGUUGUCAAUACUCAGAACUUCAAAAGCUGUUCGAAAGUGAAGAUUAAAAAGAUGGCCAGCAGAGAUAGAAAGAUUGGGGUCCUCCCUAGAUCUUCUGGUCAGAAGAAAAUCUACUCCCUAAAGAAAAAAGCUGCUAAGAGCUUGUCUCUGUCAGAGGCUGAAGACUCUGAAGAAUACUUUGUGGCAGAGGAAGAGGGUGACAAUGAGGAGGAGGAUGAUCUGGAUGAAGUUGAAUAUUUCUUUCAAGAAGCCACUCCAUAUGGACACUUGACCUCCGGUAAAGGCAGUUUCUACAGACCAGUUGGCCAGAGGGUGCUUUGGAAACCACCUAAAAAUGCCAUACCAGCUCACUUGAUUAGCUGGCCUGCUUGGGAGAAAAUGAAAACACAGAGUGGGUUCUGUGAACACACUGGUCUGGCUUAUAAGUCAAGUGAGAAGGACCAGGAUGAGGUUGUGUACAGUGAUUAUGGGUACUAUGGAAAAAAGAGGUUUACAACAAAACAAGAGGGAUCUGACCAUAAGAGAACUUCACAGAAGUCUUCACGAGGUAAUCUGCUUUUGGAUAAACCAAAAAGGAAAAGGAUAGGCAAACCCCCUUACAAACGUAGAGACACAAGAUGUGAGGCAGAAGACAUUGAAGUAUGGGAAAUGCCUAAACCCAGUGCACACAAAGGGUGUGGAUCAAAGAGGUCUCUCUACAAAAGAAGAUAAUCUGACUAUAUUGCAAAUGCAAGGGGGAAAUCUGAUUACUGCAAAUGCUGGGAGAAGAACACAAACAUACUGAGGUUGCAUGUCUCUUAAUCUUUAAAAUGAGUCCAUAAGUAGCUCUUUUUUGUUCUUUGUAUAAAUCUUUCUAAGCUACUAUGCACAGUUAAAGGAUAAGAAGUAACAUGGUAAAGAGUUCGAGUACACUAUAUAAAAUAUUAAAUGAAAGAAACACUUGAAAUAAAGCACUCGAAAUUGUAAAUAAGAACACUCACUUAUUGCUUAAAAGCAAUAAAGUUAACAGAAUUGCACUGA